GUUGGGUAACUAAAGCUCGGAGAAGCUAAAGCCUGUCAAAAUCAAGUGGUGGUGCAGUCAGUAGUUCUCGUUUGCCAGUAAGGAGCGUGAGCGCGACGUCGAUAUUGCCCUAACUCGACUCGGAACCGUUCGCAUCUGUCUCUCUCGACGACGAGUUCCUUUCGUUCCGAGAUUAAAAACUUGUUCGCCGCUGUUACGUUUAAUCGAGCGAUCGCUCCGUGGCUGAUCGUCCCUUCUCCCGAUUCUCGACCCGAACGAUCGGACCCUCGCCUCGUUUUUGGUGCCCGUUAUAAACACCGCGAUUGGGUUGUUGUGACAGACGGAGUAGAGCAUGACGAGGAAACAAACGGUGAUCGUGAAGCUAAAGAGAUCCGGCACCGGCAGACCUUGGGGAAUACGUCUCGCUGGAGGCGCUGAUUUGGGCACGCCGAUCGUCGUCACCCGCUCGGAGAACGAGGCGCUCCAGAGGGGUGAUGUGAUCAGGAAAAUCGACGAUUACGACGCGCGAGACGUGAGGCAUGUAGACGCCCAGAAUCUACUUCAAAACUCAGAAUCUAUAAGGCUCGUGGUCGAAAGGUCUGAGCUAUCGAACGCAUCACGUAUCAACAUUACCACGUCACCUCCGAUAUUCCGGUCGAACAUUGGCGACAGGGCUGCGGUCACUAGUCUAGCCAGACCACCGAAACUUCCAUCGACGUUACCGAAGAGCCCCGUGCCACCGCCUUCGUUCGACGAUUACAGCCGACCUACAUCACCGCCGGAAGGUCUUAGCUUGCCCCACGAUCAUCUCGACGAGAUUCGAGAAGAGAGAGCCUAUUUGUCGCAGCCAUACCGCACAACUCCUUUGGUUUUGCCAGGUGCAAAGAUCAAGAAGGAUGCUCCGCUCGGGGAAUGCUACUUACGCCAUCAUCCAAAUCCGAUGAUCAGAGCGGCACCGCAUCAUUACGAGCAAGCUCAUCCCGAGAUCGCUAUGAAACAAAAAGUGGCAGAAUCGGUACUUCAACGUGUCUUGGGACCGAAUGAAGUUCCAAAGGUCGUCCAUAAGCAAUUCAACUCGCCGAUCGGGCUUUACUCUGAACAGAAUAUCGCAGAUACUAUUAAGUGCCAAGCGUCAGCCAUACCCCUGAAGAAACCAGUCAAGUACGACCCGAGCAAGAGCGAGGCUUACAAGGCCCUGCAAGAGGAGGCCAUCGGCGACACAGUGCAGGAGGUGAGACAGCCGGCACGCACCGGUGUUUUCUCGCCGCAGAAGGUCAAUCAAAAUAGGGUACCCUACAAUCCGCCGAAGAGUCCUGCUCCAUACGGUGGAAAUUAUAGACGUCCGUUCCCUCUUCCUUUUAUAAAGGAUCGCAUCAACGACUAUUAAAAUUUUCAUCAACUUGGAAAUGUCCUCGAAGAAGACGGUGAAAAGAUUCAUCAAAGUAACAGCUUCAAAAGGAUCAUGUAUAGUGUCCUGGGACAAACUGAUUAUUA